AAAACAUAUAAUGUAUCAUCUUUAAAAAUACGCUAUAUCAUACUGCAAUAUUGACAGAAUUGUGACCAAAUUGCUUAUAAAUAACAAGGUGUGGAUUUCAACUUAGUGGACGCAAUCUUCGCAAUGGCCAAAGAGUAAAGUAUAACAAUAACACAAAUCUAACCCAAUACUCACGAUUCAAAGUCCCGCUACAAAAUGGCCACUACCCACGUGCUUCUGUCUAUAAUCAGCAUCUCCAUUCAUUGGAUGAAUCAUGAAGUCAAUGGCGUCAAAUUAACCUGUCAAAUACGCUAAACGUGCUCGACUUUACGUACGCGUAACUUUGGAACCAAUGGAUUCAGCAUCUUAAAACUUGCAUUUUCGAAUUCUACACGUCAAUGACUACAAGACUAAAUAAAAAAGUUAAUAAUAUUACGUUUACUAAAACGAAGUUCAGUCCUAAAAGAAAUUUUAAAGUAGUUUUAUAUUAUAGAAAUUUAUAUAUAAAUAAUUGUAAUUGAAUUAAUACCAAUUAUAUGACUGAAACAUUGACAUUAUAAUGCAAUAGCAAUACAAAAAUUAAAACAUUUACAUUCUUUAUAAUUAAUAUUGUAAAAGAAUUAUAGUAUUACAAAGAACCUGAAAAAUAUUUUAAUAAAUUGCUAUAUUGUAUAAAAAUGUUGUAAUUGUUUAUAUAUAAGUAAAAAUAUGAGCACACAAAGAGGAAAUGCUAACCGAUCAAGACCACAAAAGUAUCAGAAUCAAACUGUUUUCAAAAACGAUUUACAUGACACAUCAAAUAAAACAAAAUAUAUUAAUAGCAUUCAAGUUGUACAUGUAUGUGAAAGGUGUAAACAGAUAAUUGAGUGGAAAAUUAAAUACAAAAAAUAUAAACCAUUAAAAGCAGCUGCAAAAUGUAUCAAAUGCGAACAGAAAACAAUAAAACAUGCUUACCACAACAUCUGCAUACCUUGUGCUAUACAAUAUAAAGUUUGUCCGAAAUGUGGCAAUAAAAGUAACAUUGUUAAAGAAGAACCUGGUAUAGAAGAAACUAAUAAAUUAGAUAUGGAAUUACAGAAUCUGCUCAAAGGAUUAUCUGAAAGAAAACGUAGAACAUUCAUACGUUACAUGAAUAAAAAUGCUACAAGUAACAAAAAUAAAUGUAUCAAGGAAAACAGGGAAGAAGCUACAAAUGAAGAAAAGGAACCAAAAGAUAAUUGUAUCAAAAAAGAAAUAUUAUCUAAAGAAAAUUUGUUAUUAAAAUUAAAAUCAUUAAUGAUUAAAGAUGAUGAUAAUGGCUUGGAUAUUGUUAAUGAUACUGAUUCAGAUUUGUCUAUAUAGCAAAGUAAAAUGUAGUUUUUAGUAUAUCAAAAAAAAAGGAAGUAAUGAAUUCAAUAAUAAUUAUCAUAAAAAUGCGCUAUAUAUUUGCAACUGAUAUUAAAUUUUGACAUUUUAAACAAUUUGACAGUAUGAUUACUAUUAUUAUUGUUGUCAUUUCCUUGCAACAUUCUGUAUAACUCUCUUUUCCUUUUGCUUCCUUUAAUAAUAUAUAAUCCACAGAAUGGAGAUAAGAUAUUUUUUAAUUACUUUACAUAUCUCUUAUUCUGUAGCUGGAAAUAAAUUUACCAUAAUGAUUUUGAAUGCA